CUCGUCUCACCGAUCUGCUCCUCUCAGCUCUACCCUCCACCUCUCACGCCCUCCUCAGCCUCUUCGACUUCAGGAACCAUGACUUCCAACUCCACCGUGAGAAGCCAAAGCGGCAGCCGCCGUAUCUUCAGUGCCGGCUCAGCCAGAGUCCCUGGGGUCAAUCGCUCUGGCUUCAGCAGCAUGUCCGUGUGCCGCUCCAGGGGCAGUGGAGGCUUCACUGGAGUGGGUGCAGGAGCUAGCUUUGGCAGCCGCAGCCUCUAUGGCAUAGGGGGCUCCAAGAGGAUCUCUCUCGGAGGGGGCAGCUGUGCCCUCGGUGGCGGAUAUGGCGGCAGAGCUGGAGGCGGCCUUGGCUUUGGAUGUGGAGCCGGGAGUGGAUUUGGUUUCGGCAGUGGAGCUGGUGGUGGCUUUGGGCUCGGUGGUGGAGCUGGUGGUGGCUUUGGGCUCGGUGGUGGAGCUGGCUUUGGUGGUGGCUAUGGGGGCUCUGGCUUCUCCAUCUGCCCCCCUGGAGGCAUCCAAGAGGUCACCAUCAACCAGAGUCUCCUGACUCCCCUCAACCUGCAAAUCGACCCCACCAUCCAGCGAAUCAAGACUGAGGAGCGGGAGCAGAUCAAGACCCUCAACAACAGGUUCGCCUCCUUCAUCGACAAGAUGUGGUUCCUGGAGCAGCAGAACAAGGGCCUGGAUACCAAGUGGACCCUCCUUCAGCAGCAGGGAUCCAAGCCCAUGAGGCUGACCCUGAUGCCUACGUUUGAGCAGUACAUCAACAAACUCAGGGGGUGGAAGGAAUCUCUCCUCUUCUUUAGUGGCUUCCCGGAUUCAUAACUCAGACACAUGCAGGAUCUGGUGGAGGACUUCAAGAACAAGUGAGUUACAGGAGAGAAG